AUGAGCACCAUCAAGACGCGCUUCAGCAAUGCGCGGUCCAAGCUGUUGCGGAGAGGCAGCGCCGCGUCGACCGCAACCACGUCCUCGGCGGCCAGCGACCGGGGCCCCAAGCCGGCCAGCAGCCUGCGCAAGAGCAUUUCGCUGUCGAAGCUGCCAGAGGUGUCCGCUGCCGACGUGUCCGAGGACGCCGACGACCAGCGGCUGUCCCAGUCGGAAGGGCUGGGGACCGCCGCCAGUCGAACCGAAACGGAGGGGAGCGUAACCUCGAGAGAUCGACAGGCGCAGGAAACCACUACCACGACCGCCUCCGCAGCGCCCACGCCCGCCGACGUCCGCAGCGCCUGUCCCGCCGUCACCCUCGAGGAGCCCACGCCGCUCCGUCCCCCAGCGCACCCGCCUGAGCUGGUGCCUCGCGAGCCCGCCGCCGCCGCCGCCGCAGAGCCCGCCGAAUCCGACGAGCCUACAGAGCUCCCGGCGCGGUCCAGCAAGAGACUGACGCCCCCCGGCAUAUUGCGCCGCCAGUCGCUCGUCACCGCGUCGAAUGCCCGCGUAAUCAGAACGCUGCUCGAGCCCGACCUCCCUUCAGCUGCUGUAGGAACGGGCCCGCCGACCGCAACCGACUACUUCGCCGGGCCCUCCACCUUCAACGCCGGCAUGCUGCACCGCAAGAUAUGGGUGAAGCGGCCCAAUGCAUCAGCGACAUUGGUCCAGAUACGCGAGGAUGACUUGGUCGACGAUGUGCGCGACAUGAUCCUCAAGAAGUACGCGAAUUCGCUGGGCAGGAGCUUCGACUCUCCGGACAUAUCGCUGCGUAUAGUGCCGCGGGACAGCAAUGCAAAGUCUCAGGACCGGAUGCUGGGGCCUGAGGAAGAGAUGUGCAGGACGUUGGAUGCAUACUAUCCCGGAGGCCAGACGGUCAAUGAGGCUCUGCUCAUCGAGGUCCCCAAGCCGAGGACGCCCAGGCCUUCGCCGCGAGUACCCGUCUACUAUGCCCAUCACGACGACGCGCAGAAUCCCCAGACCGAGUACUUCCCGCCGAUGCCGCUCAUCAAUCCCUCCCCCGCCGGCUUGACCGCUGCGUCUCACGAAACACGAGCGUCGUUAACCCACGCUCCGCAUUCCAUAGCCGUGCUGCAGACAGGUCAGCUACCCCCUCUGCCGUCACCAGGCAGUACAAGAAGAGCUCACUCCGGCCGACCAAAGUACCCCCGCCACAACACGGCCUCUCCUACCACGUUGACAAGCGUGCCUCAAUCCGCCGCUGCCGCCGCUCGCCCUGCGAACCGACCGCGCCAUGACUCCUCCGCCUCCGAAACAAAGCACUCCGCUACGAGCAGUGCUCCCAUCCCGACUCCUCCCGCCCCCGCAGAUCCAAACGCGCGCCAGAACUCCACGCCACCGACCCCCCGCGUGGCCUCCCCGCGACCAGAGAAGAAGCGAAAGAAGCAAAAAAUCACAGAGGCACCAAGCUUGCCCGCCGGCCUGCUGGAUGGGUCAGUGCCACCGAUCAAUGUGCUCAUUGUAGAGGAUAACAUCAUCAAUCUGCGAGUUUUGGGUGCUUUCAUGCAGCGUCUAAAAGUGCGCUGGCAGAGAGCAAUGAACGGAAAGGAAGCCAUAGAGAAGUGGAGAGCAGGCGGGUUCCACCUGGUGCUCAUGGACAUUCAGCUGCCCAUCAUGGAUGGGCUGGAAGCAACAAGAGAGAUCAGACGGCUGGAGCGCGUCAACAGCAUUGGUGUGUUUAGCAGCGGGAGCAACGAAGCGCCUAACAACAGGCUGGGCCAAAAUGGAAAGUACGAUAGGGAAGUCAACGAGCCCGAUAGGCUCGGAGACAAGGGCCUUUUCAAGAGCCCGGUUAUCAUUGUGGCACUCACGGCCAGCUCAUUGCAGAGUGACAGGCACGAGGCUUUGGCGGCCGGCUGCAACGACUUUCUGACUAAACCUGUCAACUUUGUGUGGUUAGAACGAAAGGUCAAAGAAUGGGGUUGCAUGCAGGCGCUCAUCGACUUUGACGGCUGGCGGAAGUGGAAAGACUUUGCCUCCGAUUCCGACACCACGGCUACCACCUCCAACCUCUCAACCAGUUAUUCAACCAUUGCACCAAGAAGGGCCAACGCCGGUCUCAGCCUGACCUUAGCUGCGAACCCAAGCAAUGGGAGAGUCGGGCCUUCGCUGCCUAAUGGCGUCAUCACGAAGUCAAAAGAUGAAGAGAAGAAAAGCAAGAGAAAGAGCAUGGGUGUUGUACCCCCACCAUCGCUGCCAGAAGAAGAGAGCGGUAGUCCGUCGCCAGAACUGGGGAGCUCUGCGGGGAGUUGAUGGUUGCAAAUCCCCUCAUAUGCGCAACAGUUUCUUCCUUUUGAGUUCUUUCCAGGAUUUUCAUCCUCUUAUGCUCAUAGCAUGAGCAGUAUCACGUUCCUCGCUCUUCCUAAAAUUCCCUGG